GCCUGCCCUGGGCCCGCCCCGGCUUUCGCUACAUCUUGUGGCCCUGGGUUGGCACGAAUGGAAGACGGCCAGGGGCUGCCUGUCCUCAAUCCCCUUGCUAAGAGCCUCCCUCUCACUCUACUGAGGCCCAGUUAAUUAUAACUCUGACCUAAGUGCCCUGUGACGCCACACCCAGGCCAGCGCUGCCCAGGAGACCCAGCUUCCAGGUCCAUGCUUCAGCCAUGCUCCCUGUGGAGGUAUCCCUGUCCCACCUGGGCCCCCCAAUACUGCUUCUGCUUCAGCUGCUGUUACCCCCAACAUCUGCCUUCUUUCCCAACAUCUGGAGCCUUCUGGCUGCCCCUGGCUCUGUCACUCACCAAGACCUGACUGAGGAGGCUGCACUCAAUGUCACCCUUGUGCUCUUUCUGGAGCAGCCACACCCAGGCCGACCACGCCUCCAUGUAGAGGACUACAGGGGCCGGACCCUCCUCGCCGAUGACAUCUUUGCUGCCUACUUUGGACCUGGGUUUUCUUCCCGGCGGUUCAGGGCAGCUUUAGGAGAGGUGUCUCGUGCCAAUGCAGCCCAAGACUUCCUGCCAGCUUCCAAGAGCAACCCCGACCUGCACUUCGAUGCUGAACGGCUGGUCCAGGGGCGCACUCGCCUGGUGGGGGCCCUUCGGGAAACCCUGGUGGCUGCCAGAGCCCUCGAAUAUACAUUGGCCCGCCAGCGCCUAGGGGCUGCACUUCAUGCCCUGCAGGAUUUCUAUAGCCACAGCAACUGGGUGGAGCUGGGGGAGCGGCAGCCACACCCUCACCUCCUCUGGCCAAGGCAGGAGCUCUGGAGCCUGGCACAAGAGGGGGAUCCUACGUGCUCUGACUGUGAGGGGCUGAGCUGCCCUGGGAAUAUGCUGGACUCGACACUGCUCACCUCUGGCUACUUCGGAAUGAAUCCCCCCAAACCUCCAGGGAAAUGUAGCCAUGGGGGCCAUUUUGACCAGAGCAGCUCCCAGCCACCCCGGGGAGGCAUCAACAAGGACAGCACAUCCCCAAGUUUCUCCCCGCACCAUAAGCUCCACCUCCAGGCUGCAGAAGUGGCACUCCUGGCCUCCAUCGAGGCCUUCAGCCUCCUGCGAAGCCGCCUGGGAGACAGGGCUUUCUCCAGGCUGCUGGACAUCACCCCAGCUUCCAGCCUGAGCUUUGUCCUGGACACCACAGGCAGUAUGGGCGAGGAAAUCAACGCAGCAAAGAUCCAGGCUCGCCGCAUUGUGGAGCAGCGGCAAGGCAGCCCCAUGGAGCCUGUUUUCUAUAUCCUAGUGCCCUUCCACGACCCAGAGUUUGGCCCCGUCUUUAAAACCAGCGACCCGGACAGCUUCUGGCAGAAACUCAACGAGAUCCAUGCCUUGGGGGGUGGAGAUGAGCCGGAGAUGUGCCUGUCUGCCCUGGAGCUAGCCCUGCUGCACACCCCUCCCCUCUCUGACAUCUUUGUCUUCACUGAUGCCUCACCCAAGGAUGCUCUUCUCACCAACCGGGUGGAAUCCUUGACUCGGGAGAGGCGCUGCAGGGUGACAUUCCUAGUAACUGAAGACCCAUCGAGGACUGGGGGUCGACGACGGCGAGAGGCCUUGUCUCCUCUGCGUUUUGAACCCUAUGAAGCAAUAGCCCGGGCAUCAGGGGGAGAGGUGAUCUUCACCAAAGACCAGUACAUCCAGGAUGUGGCUGCCAUUGUUGGGGAGAGCAUGGCUGGUCUGGUCACUCUUCCCCUGGAGCCCCCUGUCUUCACCCCUGGGGAGCCGUGUGUGUUUGCUGUGGACAGUCUGCUCUGGCAGGUCACAGUCCGGAUGCACGGGGACAUCAGUAGCUUCUGGAUCAAGAGCCCUGCAGGGGUGUCCCAGGGCCCAGAGGAGGGCAUAGGUCCUCUGGGUCACACUCGUCGCUUUGGGCAAUUCUGGACGGUGACCAUGACUGACCCUCCUCAGACAGGGACUUGGGAGAUCCAGGUAGCAGCUGCGGGAACCCCCCGGGUGAGAGUACAAGCGCAGACCUCUCUGGACUUCCUCUUUCAUUUUGGUAUCUCUGUGGAGGAUGGACCCCACCCUGGCCUCUACCCCCUGACUCAGCCAGUUGCAGGUCUCCAGACCCAGCUGCUGGUAGAAGUGACAGGGCUCACCUCUAGACAGAAGCUUUUGGGUGGCCAGCCACAGUUUUCCCAUGUUGUCCUUCGAAGGGUCCCAGAGGGCACUCAGCUGGGCCGGGUGUCCUUGGAGCCCGUGGGACCCCCCGUUCGAGGCCUCCUUGCUGCCUCUCUACCACCUACACUGCUGUCAGUCUCUGCACCCUUCUCCCUGGAGCUGGUUGGCCAGGAUGGAGGGGGAGAGAGCCUGCGGAGGACUGCGCCCCAGCCUUGCAGUGUGGCCCCCGUGCUUCUGGAGCUGAGUGGCCCUCCAGAUUUCUUGACUCCGGGCAGCAAGGCCCCUCUCAGCCUCCACAUCGUCAGCUUCUCUGGCCCCCAGGAUCUUGAUCUUAGGACAUCGGUGAACCCUAGCUUCUCCCUCACCUCCAACCUCUCCAGGGCUCGCCUGGGACUGAAUGAGUCUGCCUGGGGACGCCUGUUGCUAGAGGUCCCAGAUUCAGCAGCCCCUGACAGUGUGGUGACGGUGACUGUGACUGCAGCAGGUCAGGGAGCCAGUCAGGUGCCCCCAACCCAUGCCUUCCUCCGGCUGCUGGUGCUGGCCCAGUCCUCGAAGGACCAGCUGGACGCCCCUGCCCACUCUGCUGCCCCUGUGCUGCCCCCGGUCAGCCCUGCCUUGCUCCCUUCCACUUUGGUGACUCAGGGCAGAGCUGGGGGAGGGAUGGCAGGCAAAGCCUGGUGGGGAACAGUCGGGGGCGUGCUGUUCCUGCUAGGCUGCACUUCCUGGUAACACAGCAACAGGACAUCAGGCCCCAUUUUCAGUCUGCUCUAUGGGUGGGAUGGUCACAUGGAUUCAGGACCCUGACCUGCCUACCUGGUUUUGGGAUUUUUCUUCCAUCACAUUUGUCCCUUCCUCUCUCUCUCUCUCUCUCUCUCUCUCUCUCUCUCUUUCUAGAUUUAUUUAUUUAUUAUAUAUGAGUGGUGCACUGUGGCUGUCUUCAGACACACCAGAAGAGGGCAUCAGAUCCCAUUACAGAUGGUUAUGAGCAACCAUGUGGUUGCUGGACAUUGAACUCAGGACCUCUGGAAGAGCAGUUCAGGUUCCCUCAUCUUUCUUUAGAUCAGGCUGGCCUCACAGAGAUCUACUUGCCUCUGUGUGUCUUCCUACUGCUGGGAUCAAAGGCAUGCACCACCACUGCCCUGCUCCCUUAUCUUUCUAAAAUGAGUAGAUUGGCAUAACCAGGUGGUACCUACCUGUCGCCCCUGUAACAGGGAGGACUGCUGCUGUGAGUUCAAGGCCAGCCUGAGCUAUGAGACCCUAGCUCAAAAUUCACAUCAACCAAAAACAGAAGAUUGGGGUGGAGGGUGAUGGGUUCCCCUUGGGUGCUUUUCCUAACCCCAACAGGAGCCAAACCAAAGGCUUUUUUUUUUUUUUUAAAUAAGGAAGCUGCAGUUUAUUCCAGAAGCAGAGCAGGACACAGGGUACAGAGCAGCACACAGGGCACCAGAUGGUGCAGUUUUCACUCUAAGUUCCAGGGCAGCUGCUUUAGCUUAGUUUUGCUUCAGCUGAAAGCGAGUCUCAAUGAUCACACCUUCUCACCGGAUACACUGGGGAAAGACGGUUGUUGUGCACGAUGAAGGGGAGAGCGAGGGCAAGGGGCACGGAGAAGGAGCUGUGGACACUUUAUAGCAAGCUGUCUGAAUUUCUCAGCCUGGAGCCCCCUGGCUGCUGAGUUAAAAUGAAAUCGGGGUGGGGAGGGGCAGGAGUAUUCUGACUCCAAUCCCACCCCUUACUCACCAGUGCAGGGAGGGGAGCGUCUCCGGUCUACACAAGGGUAGGCCCCUUUGGCCCUGGGGGAGCCUGGUUGACCACCUCUCCCGUGGACUGGGUGACUCCCUUUCGCUGCUUUGACAACUCCUAAAAGAGAGAGAAUCCACCCUGCCCUGCACCGUCCCCCACCCUGUGGGUUUGUCAGCCAGGGCUCAACCCCUGUCAGUUCACCCAUUGCCGCCAGAUGUUCUCUUGCCCUGACAUUCCCUCCUGGUCCUGGACUGUGUGGGAGUCGGCCUUGCCAGUGCAUAUGGGCAAGGCUAAAUCAGUACGACUCCGAAAGCCCCGUCCGUCCCCGAAGUCUAGAAAUUAAAACUAAUAAACUCACCUUGUGAAUCAGACUGUGCAGACAAGCAUUCACCUUUUGAAUCUGGGU